AUGUUAGCCAUUGGUAAUAAACCCAAACAUACUUUGCCUACAGACGACUAUGUUUAUUAUGGAAAGGAUACGACAGACAGUCCACAGUUUAGUUACGAGACUGCCAAUAGUCAAGUAAUAGUAUCUAACUUCCUUGUCCCAAGACCCACGAGGUACGCGCAUGAUAACACCGAAUAUUGGACCAAGGGACCAGUGCCCCAUGACGAACUCGUCGUUGAACCGUACUGCGAAUUACACGAUCCAGUCUUUCUGGACCCAGCAAGCGAGGCCUCCCCCAAUUUAGACUAUGAGGGUUCCCCUAAUUUAGACUAUGAGGCCUUAGGCGUAAAUGAGGAAUAUGGUGACUUACCGUUUCUCGAGGGCUCUCUAGACGGCGCAACAGAUUUACCAUCAUCUGGCAGGGCAUUGCUUGCGAGCCAAGUUAAGCUCGAAAAUCUACUACCCACUUAUCCACCCACUGCCAUGAUGGGAGACGAACCACAACAACACACGUCUCGUGGAAGCAUUAAGCUGGAGGCUGGUUUCCAGCCAAUUGAAGGUGCGACAAUUUACCCACAGGGGCUCCAUUCACAUUACCGAGAAAAAGAUUCGAGUUCGCGGGAGUGUGAAGCUGGUGAACGCGGGAUUAAUACUCCCUCUCUGGAUAAUGUUGGACAAAUCAAUUUACGAAACUUGGUGCAUGCAGCAUGGAGGGUUGUUUGGGAUAUCAAUGUUGUUUAUUGGGGACCUAGCAUUUCUUCUUCCUAUUCUUCCUGUUCAAAAUUUCCGUGCGAAAUGGGCGAUAAUUUUGAUAGGGAUAAGGAUGAUGUCAAGAGGGAGAUUGCCGGCCGGUACGGUGUCGAUGAUUGCGCGUCCUAA